AUGGACACGCUGUGGAGCAAUUACCUGGCGAAACGGGGGGCCGUCGGCACCUCGGACAUUGUCAUGCGCCUCAGCGUCCAAAACAGCGGUCUAAAAGCGGAGACGAAGCAGUUCGGCCUCACAGAGUACUGGGCCAACCGCAUCACCUACACCGUCUGGAAGCCCGCCCACCCGAAGCUGCUCGCCUGGGUGUACCGGCACGUAGGCCGGAAGGGCAAGCCGGAGCUCCGCUGCCACGCCGUGCUCUGCGCCAAGGAGGAGGUCGCCCGGCGGAUGGCGCGCGUCCUCGGCGAGCGCCUCGCCACCGCCCUGCAGGAGUUCCUCCGCGAGAAGGUCCUCCGCCAGAAGGCCCGCCUCUCGCUGACGGAGAUUCCCAUCCGCAAGCAGCUGCUAGUCAAGGGGCUGGCCAACUUCCGGCCCCCGCUGGAGCGCUCCCGCAGCGCCCCCAAGCUGAUGGCCAUCGUCGAGGAUGCGGAACGGGAGGAGGAGGAGGAGGCCGAUCUUCUCAGGAGGUUGAAGGAGGUCGUCGAGGAAGACGAAGAAGAGGACCUAGAUUUUGCGGAGAUGUCCAGCAUCAGCUUGGAUGGCGAGGAGGAGGAGGAGGAGGAAGGGGAGGAAAGCGGGUGCUCUCUGAAGGACGACUUUGAGGACGACGACGAGAAUGACUCGGCGAUUGACAGUGAGAGCUUCAAGUCGGAUGAAAUUGUCUACAGUACCAAUGGGUAA